GUCUGACGGGGACGUCGACGUGAUGCGGCACGUGGCCACCCCGGUGCGCGGCGGGCCCGGAGACCUGCAGCCCGCGAAGCGGCCGAGGGUCGACCAGGCGGCGCCCAGGGGCCCCGACUUCCGGCCGUGGGCGCGCCCGGCGCCGCCGCCGCAGUUGCCCGCGGAGUUGCGGGUCAUGCAGGUGGACAUCGACCACUACAGCGCGCCGCCAGACCCGCAGUUCUGCUGCGCGGAGCGUUGCGGGGCGCCUUCGGUGCCGGGCAAGUCGAAGCAGGCGCCCGGGGCUCGCGGGCGCGAGUUCGGUGGGGGCGCGACUGGCCGCACCUCGCGUCGCAGACCAAUCGCGUCGGCCAAUGUUGAAGCGGACAGCGCGUGCUCCACUCCUACUCCUUGUGCAUCGGCCAGGUAA